AUGGGCCCCACCGCCGCUCGCCUCCUCCCCCUCCUCCUCGCGGCCGCAUCCGCCGCGUCACUCCUUCCGGCCUCGGCCUCCGCCGCGGACGCCCACGCCCCCGCCUCCGCCUCCGAUUCCGCCGCCUACGCCUCCGCGCGGGACGCAGCGGCGCGGUGCGCGGCGACGAUCGUGUCCAUCUCGCCGUGCCUGCCGCACGUGGCGGCGGUGGCGCCGCCGCUAGCCGCGUCCCCGCCGGCGCCCACCGACGCCUGCUGCGUCGCCUUCCUCCGCGCCGUCUACCCGUCGGGAGGGAGCGGAGGGGAGGGCUGCCUCUGCCACCUGCUCCGCAACCCGCUCCUCCUCGGCUUCCCCGUCGACGCCGCCCGCCUCGGCGCGCUCCUCCCCGCCUGCGCCGCGGGAAACUCCUUCGCCGCCGCCACCGUCGAGGCCGCCACCCUCUUCGCCGACGCCUGCCGAGAGCUCAAGGUGCUGCCAGAAUUGCAUGUCACGCCCCAGUCAACAUCGUGGCCAGAAAUUUCCCCAGGUGAAAACAUUUCUCCUGCUCCUGGUGAUUGA